AUGGGAAAUAUUUUAUUUAAAGAUCAAGAUAUUAUUCGAAAUGGAACUAAAGCUUCAACCAAUUACCAUGUAAUUUUUCCCACUAAUGAAGAAGAAAUAGACAGAAGGCAUCUGGCUCAUAAUUUAAUGAGGGAAUUAUUUCGUGGAAAUUAUUCCUCACCUGUUCAUGAUGUUUUAUUAACUAAAAAAGCACGUGUCCUUGAUGUUGGUGAUUACUCUGGAAACGAAUUCAUAGGACUCGAUAUAGUAGAAAUAACUCCCAAGACAGUACCAUUUUGUGUAAAAUUCGUAUGUAGCGACUUCCUUAAUGGGUUACCAUACGAAAACGACACAUUUGACUUUAUAUUCAUGCGUUUUAUAAACGCGGAUUUGACUGAGGAACAGUGGGAAAAUUUCGCAAUUCAUGAAUUAAUCAUGGAAGGAGAUUUAGAUUUAAUCUCGCCAGGACCAGAAUUGUCGAAAUUGUUUACCUUCUUUAAUAAUGGAUUAAAAUUAAAGAAAGUUAAUCCUUCUAUUGCUCGUAGGCUCACUGAUCUACUACAUUCAACACAAAGAAUAGAGGAUAUUCAAUCAGUAAUUAAAGAUUUACCAUUCUCUAGAUCCUGGGAUACAAAAUUGGGUAAAUUGGGAAUUUUAGGUCAUGAAUACGCCCGUAAUACACAGUUUAUGUUACUAAGUAAAUUUGGAAAAAAAUUAAAUGUCAAAACCAAAAAUAUCGAAAACACGGUAAAUAUUUAUUCCCAAGAGGUAGAACGACAUCACACCAUUAUGAGAUAUUAUCGUGUAUUUGGUCGAAAAAUAAUUCCCAAGUCAUAA